AUGUUCGAUACAUCAUCUUCUACGAGUGGUGCCGCAGCACCGGAGCAACGGCAGCCACCGUUCGCAACAUCAACAUUGUAUGGGGAGGGAGACACCACUACCAUCACUGUAGUCCAUUGCUGGUUCGCUCGCUUCAAGAAAGGAGGCUCCGAGGGCAAGCCACGGUCUGAACGCUCUCUCGCUGUCGGCGUCUCCAUCGUUCUCGACGAGAUCAAAAAGGAUCUGGAAAUUAACACCCGCAGUCUUGCGACGAGACUUGCGUGUGCCCAAUCAACCGUUGCCGGUCACCUUCAGACCCUCGGUUACGGAAAAGUGCUGGCUCGAUGGAUACCUCAUGCAUUGACCGAGAACGUGCGGUACACCCGGGUAUCUAUUCGUCAGUCCACAUCGCAAUGGGUUUUGGAGGAUCUAGUUACUGGAGAUUUAAUACUCUUACACACGUUCUUGCAAACCAUAUUCCUUGAUGCUGAGCUGGACUCUGAAUUCCAGCUGUCACCAUGGAUGCGGACGAUUAGCGUGCUAGCCGAGCAUUCCAACAUUGCUACAGAAACGUGCGAGUCUCCCGCUAGUCUUGCCUUACAUAACGCGAUCAAUCGAGAGUCAAAGAAACAGGGAGAGAUGGCAGGCAACUCAGUCUAA